UCGGUACGGUUCGGUUUGGUUACAGAAGAUUUGUUCUGUAGUUGGGGAGGAACAUUUUUUAAAACGUAGCAAUGCACUGUGUGCGGAAGCCCACGGCACUUACGGCUUUAGGUUAGCCCCAAUAGCACGCAUGUAUAUAUUAAGAAAAAGAGAAAACCCUAGGACAAGGUGUGGUGGUAACUGGAAAGAGGAGAUCUGUGUCUGAGAUUUGUUAAAAGGUUGAGAGAGAGACAGGAUGAGUUGGUGCGAUUCGGCGGCGAAGACAGGGAAAAAUAUAGCGGUGUGGUGGGACAUGAAGGACUGUCCGGUUCCAGAGGGUAUUGAUGCUCAUCGUGUCCGUCCGAGUAUAGAAGGUGCCUUAAAGGAACAAGGCUACUCUGGUCCUGUCUCCAUCACAGCCUAUGGAGACCAAAAACAAACCCCUGACCGCCUGCUACGAGCUCUCUCUUCCACUGGAGUCGCGGUGGUACAUAUCAGAUCUGAAAGCACGUGCGCAGUCAUGUACAAGGAUAUGGUGAAAUGGCGAGAGGAUAAUCCUCCUCCGGCUACAAUGAUGAUCAUAACCAAUCAGAUGCUAGAUGUCUUCCAUUGGGAUCUGGCCCGGCUUCAACAACGCACGAGUUACGACCUUUUUCUGGCUUAUUCAGUCGAACCUCUCGCCCGAUUGUUCGUGUACACUCGCAAAAAUUGGCUCUGGAAAAAUAUAUUACUUGGGACGACUGCGUCCGUGACAAGCAGCAGCAGCGAUGCCGUGUUUUAUUGCAAAUAGUGCUCUUUGGAAUGCCUAAGCCUGAAGAGUUUCAAAAAGCAUCUCUCCACUGAAGAGCAUGCAAUACAAGAGGUUUUACACCCUCAGCCUAAACAACUCAUAUCUGUAACGAGCAAGUGGGGGAAGAACUACGCUGCUACGCCUGAAUAUGCGACAGCUAAAAUCCAUGUGUAGUGGGACAUGUUUGAUUGUCCUAUUCCCGAUGGUUAUGACGCUCAUCGAGUCCGUCCCAGUUUGGAAGGAGCUUUCAAGGAACUAGGCUACUCUGGUCCUGUCUCCAUCACUGCCUUUGGUGACUAUAAAAAAACCCCUAAAAGCCACCUUCAUGCCCUCUCUUCCACUGGAAUCGAUGUUGCACAUGUCAUUCCGGAAGUCAUAUACUCUCGCAUGCGUAAUGACAUUUUUAAAUGGCAAGAGGAUAAUCCUACUCCGGCUACAAUGAUGAUCAUUUUCGAUGAGGCUAAAUAUGUCUUUGGAACUUCUCUUGCCCUCCGGGCUCAACAAGAUAAUAAGUACAACCUGUUUUGGGCUUAUUCUUUUAGGCCUCGGGAAAUGUCAGUCAUGGUCACUUCUGCCGAGUGGCUCUGGGAUAGCUUACUUGCAGAGACAAAAAGACAUGUUCUUCGCAAGUGCAGUGGAAGUAGUGAAAGGGUGGUUGAAUCUACCGGAAUCUUUUAUUGCAAACUGUGCGUCCCGGAGCGCACACUCUGCUUCUAUAAGCACAAACUGUUGGAUGAAUUCAUCAAACAUCUCUCGAGUAAAAAACAUCUCUCUAAAGAAAAGGGUAUUACUGAUCGUCGUCAACGUAACAUGAACCUGGGACUGUUCUGGCUAGAGAAAGAACAUUUCCCAGAGAGCAAGCGGUUGAAGAAAUCUGCCUAGGAGAGGUUGUGACUGAAGAAGUGAUAUCAGAGUGUAAUACUAUGGACCUAUCUUUAUUUUACUUGUUCUAGUCUUGUGUUUCUGCUUUUCUGAAGUAUUUUAUUUACUUUUCGGACCUAUUUAUUUUUCUCGCUUGUUUAAUUCACCAAACAAUA